CAGGGUCGGGCGAGUCCAACCGACGAUGUUUGCCGAGGGAAGUACGGCAGGAGCCCUCCAACACUAGUACGUCUCGAUCCGGUGAAUGUACCAGACGCCGCGUGUUGUUUCGAGGAAAAAAAAUAAUAAAAAAGUAUUCACUCACGCGUUGUACGAUACCUCGGACUAUCACAGUGGUGCGGUUUCAUCUGAACAGUGAAUAUCACUAGUUUGAAAAAUAAACUAGGGCCUAGGGAUUUGGGGGGACUGUUUAAACGACUGAUGGUAAAUUUUUGGGGGCUAUUGCAUCUGUGUAAUGCGGAAUUGUUAUGUGGUUGAUACCGACGUAUAGCCCGACAACCGCCAUGUUUGGUGUUUACGAGCCGCGAGGGAGAAGCUACGGCACACGCUGACGUCACGGGACUAGGGAAUUAUCAGCGGCAGGGGGCAGCACUGGAAGUACAACGAUUUUGUCAACUUUUUUGGGAAAACUGUAAUUUAUGAGGUUUGCCGAAGGGCUUAACCUUGUCUGGGGAUUUUUGGCCUAGGGAAUUCUGGGGAAUUGCCGGCCUGUGGGGGGUGGGGGGACGAGUGGAGAGUUUUUUUCGGGAUUUAGUGCGGAAAAAGGGGGUUUAUCACCGAUGGGACGUGCGUGUGGCGCCGGUUGCACUCGAUGUGAACACCGUUUCGAAAACAUUAGGUGGCACUCCACAACGGAGUACUGAUUUUCAGUGUUUUUUUUUUUUUUGGAGGGGGCAACCCUCGAGGAGUUGAAAACAUCCGGCAUGCGCCGUGGAAACUCACGUAAACAAAUUUUUUUGGGACGGGGUGGCAAGUUUGUGGUGUGAAAUCACGUGGAGUUAUUCAUCAGGUGCUCAUUUGGAUUACGUGGUGAUUUUUUUUCAGUGAAAUUAUCGAAUUUUUAGUGGCUAGUCGAACGUGACUUUUAUGGAAAUGGAUCUUGGAAACGUUUAUGCCGCCGAGCGGAUACUCAAGAAGAGAGAAAAGAGGGGCAAGGUCGAGUACUUCGUGAAAUGGAAGGGCUGGAGUAAAAAGUGGAACACGUGGGAGCCAGAGGAGAAUAUUCUCGAUGUGAGGCUAAUUGAGCUGUACGAGGAGAGCCAGAAAGGGAGUGAUGUUGCACCAAGGAGGCCCAGAAGAGCAGACACACGAUAUAAUGAACAAAUCCUAGCGAAUCUAGUGGUGGAAGAGGAGCCAGGUGGGGACGAGAGAGUGGGUGAAGACAGUCAGGACGAGUCAGGAAGUACCUCAGCCCAGCGAUUGAAUCCAGUCCCAGACGAGGACACGAUCGCCAGUUCCCUGGAUGGACACGAGUCCCCAACGCCCCCAGACCUAUCAGUAUCAGCUUUCAGUGUCGACUCGGACAGCUCCAACAGCAGUGUCGACAUACCUCUGUUACCCAGGCGAGAGCCAGGGAUCAAGAGGAAGUCGGAAGUUCUGAGUAAAGAGUCUGGAAAAAUUGGCAUCACCAUCACCACUAGUCCCAGCAGUGGAGGCAGCAGUCCUCCACCCAGCAAAUUACCGAGGUUGUUGCCACUCAAGGGAAAUGCCACGUCUUCUUCUUAUCAUAAUCACAAAGUGAACGGGAGAAGGCCCUCGUCUUCUUCAGUGAAGUCGACCCCAGACGAGCCCUCGCCAGCAGUACCAACGACCCCGGCGCCAGCAGUCCAAGACAAAAAGCGUCCCGAGGCUGAUGUGCCCCACGGCCCUCCGCCCUCCCUCCCUCGGGCACCGCCACUGCCCUCGUCCCCCCAGCUGGACACCCCCCUGGAGCACCCACCGAAGAAACGACCCCUCGAUAAACUCGAAAAAUCCAAUGGUGUGACGGACACAAAUGGCCACAAAUCCCCAUCGCCCACAGACGUCUACACCAACAACAACAGGUUAAUGUCAAUUGUCAAUGGACAUCACAACAACAAUCCCACAUCCAUCAAAUCCCCGGAGCUGAUCAAACCUGAGGACUACAAACCUCUCAGUCCAGGCACUGACUACUGGCACUCGAUCACUCCUGUUGCUGAUCAAGUAUUUAUCACUGAUGUCACUGUUAAUUUGAAAACUGUGACGAUUAGGGAGUGCAAGACUGAGAAGGGCUUCUUCCGGGAGAGGGACCCCAAGAGUGAUGUGUACUGAGGGGGAGGGGGAGGGAGAAGAUGAAGUGGUGGGAAUUAACGAUGAAGGGAAAGAAUUGAUUGAUCAACUGAGCUUGGGACACGGUUUUUUGGGGCUCAAAGGGGCAGAACGGGGGUUAGGGGAAAAUGUCAGAAGACAUUUUUUGUGGGGAAUUUAAUUCUCUGGAAACAAUGUCUUGUGACAUUUUCUUCUGAAACCACUCGUGACCGGGGUAAUCUCGAAUUUUAGUGAGAAGAAAAUGGAUUGAUCACACCACUUCACUUUGGAAUUAAUUCGAGAGCAUUUAUUGGGGGUAUUGAGGGUUCAGGAAGAGGUGAGGUAGCUUAUUCGUUGAUUAAUGGGACUUUCAAACGAAUAGUCAAUCACUGUUUUUGGAAAUUGAAAUUUUUUAUCGAAGGAGGAUUUUUAUCGCGAAUUCAGUUGCAAAAACGAAUUGGAAAGAGUUUUUCCUUCAGUCGGGGAUAUCUCAGAAGGGGCCAAUUUUAUCAAAAAAUCUCAUACGAUGUUUUUUGUGCAGAAUUAAAUUCCCCGCAAAAAAAUUCUUCUGACAAUUGCCUCUAGGUCCCCUCAUUCCCAAGUUAUUCACGAUUUUAUCCCUGAGAAAUCUCUCAAAUCAUGAAUUUUUCUCAUUUUUUCUUCAAAAAUGGUUUCAAAUCAUCAAUCAACGCAUAAUUAAUCAUCUCAAUUAAUUAACAAAGACCAUUAAUCGACGAAUCACCCACCAAACCACAAAAAUAAAUUCUAAGAAUGAAAUUCAACGGAUUAAUUGUAAAUAUAAAUUAUUUUCACACUGAAAAAAAAGUAAAAAUUCGAUGUUAAAAUCACCUCUCGAAUCAUUGUUUUUCAUUAAAAUAGACAAAACCGAAGGGUAAUUGUUAUUAUAAUUUUUUUUAAUUAUUGAAGAUGUUUUUCAAGUAUUAAACGAGAAUUUCGAAUUUUUUUAA